AUGUCCAGCAAAAGUUAUAAGAUCGCGUGCAUACCCGCAGAUGGAAUUGGGCCAGAAGUAAUCGACGCCGGCGUCGAGGUCCUCAAAGCUUUGAGUGCGGCGAGCAAGGCGUUCUCUCUGGUCUUCAAACACUACGAUUGGAGCUCAGACACAUUCAAGAAGACUGGAAAGUACAUUCCCGAUGGUGGACUUGAUGAGCUGAAAAAGCAUGAUGCGAUUUUAUUCGGCGCCGUUGGUGCUCCUGAUGUUGCGGACCAUAUCUCGCUUUGGAGCUUGCGUCUAGCCAUCUGUCAAGGCUUUCAACAAUACGCAAACGUGCGACCUACAAAAAUCCUCCGCGGCACCGAGUCACCCCUCCGCAAAGCUUCCACCGGUGACCUCGACUGGGUAAUCAUCCGUGAGAACAGCGAAGGUGAAUAUGCAGGCCAAGGCGGUCGCAGUCACAAAGGCCAGCCUUGGGAAAUCGCAACAGAAGUCAGCAUCUUCACUCGUCAUGCUGUGACUAGACUUUUGAAGUUUGCGUUCGAGGUCGCCCGAAAGAGGCAGAAGAAACACAUUACAGUUGUGACGAAGAGUAAUGCGCAAAGGAAUGGUAUGGUCAUGUGGGAUGAGAUUGCUGUGGAAGUUGCGAAGGAUUUCCCAGAUGUCACGGUUGAGAAGAUGCUGGUGGAUGCCAUGACGUGUCGCAUGGUACUGCAACCACAGUCGUUGGACACGAUCGUCGCAACAAAUCUCCAUGCAGACAUCCUUUCCGACCUCGCAGCAGCUCUCGCAGGCUCCAUCGGUAUAGCACCAACCUCCAACCUCGACCCAACACGUCAAAACCCCAGCAUGUUCGAACCAAUCCACGGCUCAGCGUUCGACAUUACGGGAAAAGGCAUCGCCAACCCCGUCGGAACAUUCUGGACAGCAUCAGAAAUGCUGCGUUGGUUGGGUGAAGAAGCCGCUGCUGAAAGAUUGCUCGAAUGUGUGGAGAAUGUGUGUGGUGAUGGUGUCUUGACAAGAGAUUUGGGAGGUGAGGCUACAACCAAGGAAGUCACGGACGCCGUGUGUGAGGAGAUUAGGAGGAGUUACGCGUAG